AGAGAGAAAAAAGUGGGCGAAAGAAAAGCUCAAAACCCAACAUUCAUCUUUUUCAUUUUCAUCCAACAUUGCCCUGGUAACCGACCUUUUACUGAUUCAAUCCCAGAAUUUAUCACUCCAUGGUUACACUUUCAUCUGAAUGUGUGAACUUCAGUCAGCUUCAAGUGAACAAAAAAGAUACAUACAAAAUUACUUAUAGAAAUACAUAAAUGCAGAAUGAAACUCUGAGCCUUUUUUACAUAGCUUAACGUUUUCAUCUUCUCUGUCUUAACAUCGUCUAUCAUCUCUGUCUUCAUAACCUUCUUAUUUACCAACUGUUAUCAUCUUGCCAUCUCAUAACCUUUUCAUUAUAUUUUCAUGUUUCAAUUUGCCAAUUGUACAAACCCUUAACUAUCCCUAAAUCAUCUGAUUUCAUAAACCUUUUGCUUUCCAUCUACAAGUCUCUUUAUUUUUCAUCUGUGAUUUAAACCGUUGUCUAAUCAUCUUCACCUUUAUUAGUUCAUCUCUAUGUGAUUAUAACAUUACAAUUUAAUCCCUAGUUUCUACCUUUUCAAUCAUAGCAAUCUGUAACUUCAUGAUAUUAGACAAGAUAAAUUGUUGAAACCAGAAUCUGAUUUUCCCAUUAAGAUUUGGUUGGUGUUACUAUUCAUACUUGGCUUGGAUCAAAGUGUUGUUGACAUUUUUUCCUGCUAAUAUACCAACCCAUUGAUUGUAUUGACUAAACAUGUUUAUGUUCAUAAAUUCAUCGGUUUCUCUCCUCAUCUCAACAUUCACUUUGGUUUAUUUUAUUAGUUUAAAUGGUUAUUUAAUUGAUUGCCUCUCACUAACUGAAUUACAUUCAUCGUUGCCUUCCAAUAAUAAUGUUAAUAAUUAUAACCGGUACAAACUGAGGUUACUUCAAGAAAAAUCAAUCCGUGAUGCUGUCCGUAAUUUAAAUCACCAACAACAUGGUGGAUCAUCAAAGGAUCAACAUUAUUCACUCAACCAUCGAUAUCCACCAACAAUAUCCUCUUCACUGGCUGAUAAGAGUCUUCCAGAUGAGUUUAAAGCCAACCUUAACUAUCUCAUUUCACCUAAGACACCUUUCAAUGAGAUUGACAAAAGGCAAGAUGAGGUUGUAAUGGAUAUCCCAUUGGAGUACACAUCUGAUAUUCCAUAUGAAAUCUAUCCUGAUCCAGGAUUUUUGAAUCAAUAUCCUUCACUUCAAGGUAAAAUUGAUGAUUUGAGUCCAUCGGAUGUUUACGAACAGAUAUUGGCUGCUAAAAUCGCCAACCUCCUAGAAAAGGAUCAAUCUCAACAUGGUCAAGCUCUUUUACAAUACAUUCCGUCAGCUGAUCGCAAGAAGAGAGUCCUGGUGAAAAGAAAUAAUCGAAGUGGUAUAUCGAGAAGUCAUAAAAAGUCUAAUCGGGUAUCAACCAGUCAGUCAACAAAACCACGUGUUAAAGCAGAAACGCAACCCCAAUCGGUACCAGAAACUGGACAUCAUCCAGCAACAAUCCGAGAACAUAAAUUGACUAAAAUACCACCCAAGAAACUAGGAGAGACUAAGCAAGAAAAAUUAAACCGAAAAGAGUUGUCAUUAAUGUCUCGAGCUCCAUUACAUAGACAGGCUGUGAAGGGAGAUUCUGAUCGAUCAAACCAUACACUAACAAAGAUCAACCAUUCCAAAGUAAUUAGUAAAUCCGAGUCAAACAUAAAUAACGGGAAACAUUCUUUUGCGAAAAAUUUGCGUAAAACUGAAAUGCUCCGUAAUCCAAGUGUGAACCUGAAUCGAAAGGAGAAAUCGAAAGUUGGAAUUAAUAAACAGCAGUUAAGCAUGAAGGAAUUUUUCAAUGAAGUUGACUUACCUAAAGGACCUAAAAAUAUUGUCAAAAGAUCAAUUGUUUCACCUUCAGUUGAAUCAGGUAAUCUUGGUUUCAGACGAGAUGAUGAUAUUGUUGACGGUUACAAUGUGUUUGCCAAUGAUGAUGAUAUGGAUACAGGAGCUGAUAGUGGUGAAAGUGAUAAAGAGGAAGACUUUGAAGGUGAAAUUAAUGAUGAAUAUAGACCAAUUGGUCAGGCUUCUGCAUCUUCAAUGGUAGUCCAGGCAAAUCCAUGGUUAGCUGAUGAAGCAACAAGAACAUUAAUGAGAUCUUUGUCAGUCAAAAGGCGAAAAAGGGGAUUCACUGCUGAUCAGAUGGCAUUGCUUGGUUUGGAUGACAGUGAACUAUUGAAUAACAAUGAUGAUGAUGAUAACAACAACAACAAUAGUGAUAGUAAUAAAAAAUUUAUAAAAACUUACAAUGAAGACAAUAUAAAUGAAAGGUUAAGUGAACCUGAUGAAAUAUCCAAGACUGAUACUCAAGAUUUUGACGAGGCUCCUACACGCAUAGUAAAAAAAGAUGGGGCCACUUUAGAACCUAUUACAAUUAUUGAUGAUUUAAAGGAGAGUAAAAAUAUCGAUGAUAAAGGGAUUGAUAAAAAAAGAUCAGGUUAUGGUGAAAAAUUGGAAAUGAACAGUAAUUCAAACAAAGGAUUAUCCAAAGGACAGCAAAAGUCAAUCAAUGGAUUAGAGGAGGGUGAAAGUGAUGACGCGGGAACCAAUGAUACUUUCUUUGAGGAGGAAUUUGCUGAAGGUUUAAUCUCAAUUGGUGACUUAAGUGAUUUAAAUCCUUUAAAUGACACUGCUUCAACUAAUUCACCAGAUAACAUGAAAAAACGAGAUGAAACUCCAGAAAAUGGUAAUCAAAAUCCUCCAUCAACAAGUUCAACUUCCCCGCCCAUUCAAUUAGCCAAUGCUGAUGAAGAAAGGCUUGAUAGCAAAUUGGAUGAGCUGAUUGUCAAUGGAUCAUCUGAUCAUGAUGGUGAACUGUUGGAAACAACUAUUGAUGAAAGUAAACGGAUUUAUGUUAAUAAAAAAAAGCGAAGUGUAACUCCAUAUUUUGGAAGAGUCGAUGAGUCUUUAAUUACUCAGGAAGAGGCUAAAUUCACGGAUGUUGACGAUAAACUGGAAAAGAUUGAAGAAGCCCUGAUCUGGGAAGCUUUAGAUUUAAUUAAAUCUAACCUAGACAGUGAAUCUGGUGAUAUUGGUGGUAAAAAUGUGAAAAACAGGAUCGAGUCCAGGUUGAAUGCUGCCUACGAUUUGGAGGAUAUGAGAAUUUCUCUCACUGAUUUACACAAGACCAUGCAAAAAAUGUCCACUGAAGACGAUGAAGCUGAUGACAACAACACCCAAAAUAAUGAAGUUGAUCAGGAAACCAUUUUUGAUAAAGAUGAUGGAAUUAUUUUCUCAGAUAAUAUAGAAGACAAUGGCAAGGAAAUUGGAAUUAUUGGACAUCAAUUAAAUCAACCAUCAACUCCAUAUUUGUCGGAUAAUCAUCAUGAUCAAAUGAAGCCUAAAGAUUAUAGUUCAAAUCCAGAUGAUUCGGAUGAUUGUAAGGCAAUUCAAUUGUUAACAAGUGAUUGCUCAGCUGUUAAAGAUAUUGUUCCCAGUGGCCCAUUGGAAAAGAUUUUUGUCCGAGCUUGUAAUUGGCAUGAAGUUUGCUAUUCAUGUGGUGAACUAUUUGGCUUAUUAUCUAGUGAUUGUGACAUGGGAUUUCUGGAGCAAAGUCGCCUUGCUUGUAACGAUUCAUCUUCAUGUGAAACAGCUUCAAGACUGAUAUUGAUGCCAUUGAGGCAAAGACGGACCUUUUACAAGCGAAAAGUAUCUCCAAUGUGUUACCAACAACCCUGUAUUGAAAGUUUUUUACUUAAAUCACGUUGAUCUGACUGGACAAGGAUAACCUCAGGAUAACUCAUUGAAUUGUUUCCGAAAUGUUCAUUACUAUUAUUUGGAUAUUUAUCUUCAUCUUCAACUUAACCUUCAUUAUUCUUCCUCGUUCAUUGAGAUUAUAAAAGUUAUAAUGAAUUGGAUUUUAUCCAUGUAUUUAAAUAUGUCUGUGGUUUUUGUUAAUCAUAUAAAUAAGAUUAAUUGAUUUAUAAUAUAAAAAAGAAACACUCUAAUGUUUAAUUCAAUUGCGAUGUAAUACUGAAUUUACAGUGUUUAUCAUUCAAAUCUUUGUCAACUUUCCUAAGCUUACCUCCAAUCUUUGCUAGUCAUUUUAAAUUAACUGUUUUCGUCUUUGCCUUUGACCUUUUAUUGAUGCCAUUUUUUAACAAAAUUUUUGUCCCUUUCGUUCCCUGUUAAAAUUGAAGAAUCCUGAUUCAUAUGAUUAGAAUUUUGAUAGUCGAUUUCAAACAAAACGUAUGUUAAAUGAUCUUAAAGAUGGAAUGGAAGCUUUCAAAUCAAACCUUUGAAUGUUAAACUCUGUGAGUGAUUUAAAUAUAAACAUUCAAAUGAUGUAUGUCUUGCUAUGUCAAAAAAUGGAUGAAACAUUAAUUUGAAUUUAAA